CAUAUUCUAAAAUUUACGACGUGAAGAGCUUAGUAGAAUUUCUCUAGAUAACAUUGAUGAACCUGGGUCUUAAUCUCCACGGGCCUGAUCAGUUGGUAUAAAUUCUCUCAAAUCUCGCAUACAAUCUGAGAUUUGUUUCGAAUUGUGCGUAGGUAUCAGUGUCAUUUAAAGUUUUUGUCUGAUGUAAUUCUUUGAACGAUCGCACUUGAACCACGUUAACCUCAAUUUUUCUUCUUCAGGAUCAGUGAGAAGUUAUUAAAGAAUUUUAAGACGAUUUCAUAAGUACAGUCCAUUGUGAAUUUGGGGCUCCGACCGCGGGUAACCUGGUAAACAGUACAUAAAUAAUAUCUUAGUAUCUAAAACUUAUAUUGUUUGUGCAGCCUUUCGCUAGGAAGUGAAGAAUAAAAUUGAUACGAAGUGUAUUGAUCGUACCAGACAAGACCGUAACUGUUGGGCGCCAUGCCUAGUUACGCGCCUCUACACUGGCCGCAGUGGAGAGACAAGGCUAGUCUAGACAGCACCAACAUCUUCUACCAGCAACACGAGUACCGCAACGACUCCUGGUCUCCGUCAGAAUUCCCUUGGGAUAAACACAGCAUCAUCGACGAUCGCACGAUUCCAUGGCAAUUGCCAUCCAAUGCGGAGCUCAGUUCUCCCUUGGCAGAGAACAACUUCACGGCAAUGACGCGAAGACCAAGCAAGAUCGCGGAUCGUUCCGUCACGCUUGAUCCAAAUCAUCUAGUCCUUCAAUCCAAAUACCGUCCCCUUCGAGAAUCGCCCACCCCUCCUAAACCUAAGAAAAAGUGUAGCAAGAACAAGCAUUACGUUGUUGAAACGCAAGUCAAGAAUAGUUUCAAUAGUCCGUACAGUAACUCGAAUCCAAUUAAUGCUGCAAGUCGGAGUAAUAACGAGCUUGAGAAUUCCUUAUCUAAUCAGUUAGGCCAAUCGCUCACCACGGAGCAGUCAUGCGUCGAUGUAUGCCAGUUGUCUUGUGACCCUGCGAGUGAGUGUGGCCGCCUGCCUAGUCAUGACCAUCACCUAACCUCGGUGUCAGAAACCGAGGAUCGCGGCAACAUUGCGCGCCCUGACGUCAGCUCAGUGGCGCAGAAUAAUAUCUGCGUUGACAGGAGCGCUUUUGAGCGUUACUACGAGGGCUCCGUGCUGGGUCACCAGUGUUCCUUACCACCCACGGCUGGCGAAGACCAGCCGCAAGGAGUUUGUGGAGGUCUUGGCCCUCUUUCCUUGGCCCUCGCUUUACCUGGGAAACUGGAAGGUCUUCUCAAACUGUUGGCGCAGUCGCUACACCUCGUCUUGGCCGGCUUCUGUUCCAGGAAAGCCAGGCGCAAGGAAAGGGAGAGUCCAGCAGCAGAACAGGAGCACAAGCUAUAUCUUGAGGAAGCCGUGCUUGAGAGGAAGAUUCCUGAGACUGACUUGAGACAACUAGUGGAGCUGCCGCCUGGUCUCGGCUACCACGAAUGGCUCGCUUCACACACAAUCGACUUUUUCCAACACAUCAACCUGGUGUACGGCACCAUCGCCGAGUACUGCACGAUGAGCGGCUGCUCGGACAUGAGCGGACCCACGACGCGCCCCUACCUCUGGUUCGAUGAGAAGGGCAAGAAGGUGAAGGUGGCCGCCCCUCAGUACAUUGAUUACGUCAUGACUUUCACGCAGAAAACCAUCAACGACGAAACUAUCUUCCCUACUAAAUUCGAAAAUGACUUCCCCGUGUCGUUCGAAUCCAUCGUCAAGAAAAUUCAUCGACUACUAUUUCACGUGAUAGCCCAUCUUUAUCACAGCCACUUCCGAGAGUUGGUUCUGCUGUCGCUCCACGCGCACCUUAAUUGCAUAUUCGCCCACUUCACACUCUUCAAUGAACGCUUUAGAUUAAUAGAAGAAAAGGAGACGGAAAUAUUACAUGAUCUCGUGCUAGCGCUACGACUCCACCCUGACGAUAGAAAGCCUGAUGGCAAGGGGGAGAGCAGCGCCAGCGCCGCCCUGCAGGAGGCCGUGAGACACUGCAGCGCUGAGUGUGGUGGCAGUGGCAGGACGUCUCCUGCCAUCGCCAACACGCCGGGGGUGGACGCUGCCGAGCCUCUAUCAGGAGCAGUUAGGCCUGAAGAACCUCUAAGUUCUUACGGUGCGCCAGCUUCUCCAUCAGAAGGCGAUGCGCCCUUUAUAAGUCCUGAUGUUACUGAUACAAGGCCAUAGUUAUCUGGGUUUCUAGCUGAAUAAAUAAUGAUGUAGUCUAGCUACGAGAAUUAUUGUGGUUAUUGGAAGUGAUUCUAGACCACGAUGACGAUGUGAUCUGGGCCUUCACUGACGCAUCCAGGUGCUGUUCGCUUCAUCCGAGCGCACUAGAUUACAUCCCCAGAUCUCACCAUUCUGUUAAAACGUUUCUGUACAUAAGUGUUGUAAAUGGUAUAACUUCCUAUGCCUAAUAAUGAAAAUAGUGAUACUAUUUAUAUUCUAGGUUUCUGUUGAAUUUGUCAGAUGUCUUCUAACGAAUUAGGAACAUUUCACCGGGAAGUGCAUUGUGUCUCUUAUAGCGAGGCUUUCGUCUGGGCGGCGAGAAGUCAGUGUAAGGUUAAGGGCUGAGCUCGUAAGGGCAGCUCAGACAGCAGUGCUUUUCCAUCAUUUACUAUUUAAUAAUUUCUCUCGUCUAUCAAAGGUCUACUUUGUGUAAAAUGUCAGUUUUAUUUACUCGGAAUAUAUCGAUUAUCAUGUUGCAGUGAGGACACUUCUUGGCCUGUCUGCAAUCUAGUUGGAAUGGCUCUGCUGUCCAGAGUUUCCUUGUCUGACAGCGCCACACUAGUCGAUAUGUGAUGCCUCCUCAUUAGCUUUCUGUUGCAGUACAAAGCUUUCCAAAUAUGAAUUUUUAGCCAAAAGGAAUUAUUGUUCCAACAUUUGAUGGCAUGUUAUCUACCUUCCUCUGAAGUUCGGUUAUGGUCAUUCGAAUAUUUUUUUCGUUGUCCGAUUAUUUUAAUCAAUGGAUAUAUAAGUCUGCUGUAAUAGCAGACAAGGAAUUUUUCGUUUUGACCUGUACUUGCUUGUGUUAGUGAUCAUAUUGCUUGACGCACAGUGCGAUUUCAUGUAUUUUAAUUUCCCAUGUACUUAAGUCAUUCACUGCAACAUUCAUCCUUCGUUGACAGUUUGAUCUGUUUUGCGAUGGUUCGCUGUGCAGCCCGAUCAUUCUUUUAUGGUAAUGGGAUCAAUACACAAGGAUUAAGUAUUGCUGAAAGUUGUUUGUUCUUGUGCGGUUUUUAUCAUAGUCAUUCUGCAGUGCAUUAAAUAUCUUCCAUAAUCUCCGCUAGUUUUUAUUUGUAAACCGCCAAGUUAUCUGAACUUUUUUCACUUCGAUGCUAGUGCCAACGAUGAAUUUAUAAACACCGAUGGCUUCUCGUGAGCCACAACUGCUGCAUUGGCAUUCACAUAAAAUGUCAGUACCUUGGAUGCUAGUCUAUGUUCUCCUUAUUCUUCUGUUGCGUGAAGAAAGGGUUAUUGAUCCUGGUACUACUGAUUGAUCUGCAACUACUAAAGGUAACAUAAUGGGUGUUGUUCUGACUAAAACGAAGCGCUAAUUCUUUCAAAAGCUAAGAAAUGCCUCGUGCACAAAUAUUAUAUUGCCAAUAUUUAUAUUCUUUCCUUUGUGUUUGAGAAACGGAAGAGGACCGCUCACUAUUCAAAAAGUAAAUGUUUAGCUAUCACCAAAUAUUUCUCUCCUACCUUUCAAGAAUGCCUCUACAAUCAUCUAGUUGAACUCUUCCAUGAAGUUGGAAAAAUUCUCUCGCUAGACGAAUUUUUAGCCUUCAAAAUUAGACAGUGCUAUAGAAAGGUGUCUUAAAUGCUGUUAGCUUAAGCUCUAUCUAUUGUUCUUGUUACUCACCAACGCUUCUUAGUUGCAUCAUAUGAUCUACACAGUUAAACGAGAACUGCCUUUCGAAUCGUCUGUUGUCUCGUGUGUUCUCGUUGAUAUUUAGUCCUGAAAUGGAAUCGCAUGUGUGUUGGUCUCCUGAUUUGUGGCCUAAGAUUCAAUGAUGAGCAUCAAAUAAGUUAUUGAUCGUCGAGUGUCCUGGUAAACGUUGGUUGUUAUUUACUACCGCCACUUGCAAUCACAAUUAUUCACCCAAACUGUCUAUGGCGUAUUCAAAAUUAACUCUGCAAAUUCGAUGUUCGAACACGGGUUUGGAAAUAUAUUUUUUUCGAUCGUAUGUUCCUAUAGCACCUGCCUCGCAGCCUUCGUACUACAUUCUUGCCUCAUAGCUAAUCACCAUCGCGUUUACUCCUGCUGAUUAAUUGUUCUUACCGGGGUUCACCAUAUCAUAGUUAAGCUUUGCCAGCCUGGUCUUCGAGGUAAUGCGACUAGAUAAUAGAUGCAUUAGAUACCCCUCUGGUUAAGAUCCCUCUUUUGCAUGGUUAAAUUCAAAUGUUUGACCAGGGUACAGUAACCUCAUUGUUCUUGAAGAGAGUAGUGUAAUAGGCAUUCGUUCCAUGUAUUAAUUUCAGUAGGUUUCCUCACGGAUCUUUUUCGUAUUGGCAAGUUGUAUGUUAGUACCUACAGCCAUCGUUGCUGUUUAUGUUCUUGGCAUUAAGUUGACCAUGUAUUACGCACUUAUAGCGCGUUAUAAACGAUUAUCUUGUAUUGAAAUAUGAUAAUGGAUCUUCUACGAAUUGGCAUAUAUCUUGAGGUUCCGGGCAUUUGGUGAACAUGAGUGUAGUUGCGAAGCAUUUCUUCCUGUUGAUCAAUUCAAGCAAAGGUGUACGAGAACUGUUAUAUAAAAAUGCCGUUGAUAAGCAUUUUUUCACAGUCCAUUUGAAGUCUUGCGUUGCGUAGUUGAUUAAAUAUCUUGUACACGUAAAUAGACUCGAUUGAAAACUAUGCGUCUCAUGUGCUAUGGCAAAUCUUAUCACUGCCUUUGUGUUGGAACGUUUUGUGCAGUGCUAAACUUUUACUCCAGAUAACAAAGCUAAAUAUGUCGCGACAGGACCCAUAGGGCUUACCCUUUCUUGGCCGUCUUUAAAUAGUUAGUGGAGGAGAGUUAGCUCGAAGGGAAUCCUAAGCUCUAAAAUGAGAUUUGAAAAUUUUUUAAAAUAAUAGUAUUAAUUUGAAACAUGCGCUCCUCGACAGCACAGUAAAAGAGAUUAGAAUUUUAAUAUGUGAGGAGCUUCAACCGUAAGUCAGCAUUAUCUUGUCACCGUGUCCUGGGGAAAAAACACUUGGCAACAUCUUUGGCAUGUAAUGCGCAGGGAAAGUAAUUUUUUUUAAAAAGUUAAGAGAUGGUCUUACAAUAUACGCAAGGUCUCUCAUCCAUGCUUCUGUUAAACUUACACAAUAGACGCGGUUUAAACAGCACUUCUGAAUUCCGCAUACAGUAGGUUUAGGCCCCAUUCCCAUGUGAUAUUCCGAUCCUACAUGGAUCACUUAAGCGAGAAAAAGAUUGUUUUGAAGAUGCCUAUUAAUGCAAAAUAAAUAAAAUAAUUUGCACUUAA